AUGGACGUGACUCCGAAGAAGGAGAUGGACCCCCAUGGCCAAGGUGACAGUGAAGCGUCAACCAGCUACAACUCGAGUCCCGGAGCAACGACGCAGGCAGAGGAAACUUUUGGGGUGGACUCAACAGGUCCCCAGCGUUCGACAGAGGCAGUCCUGCAAGAAGCCAUGCAGGUUUCAGGGCCAAAGGACUCUGCGACGAAAGUGAUCCUCAACUUGCGCUCGAUUGUGGAGAAGAACGGCGGCCAACUCGGUUUGCCACGACUUGUUUCGCGAGAAAUGCAGCGUGUAGACGAGAAUGGCGAGGCCGUCCCCAAGCCCUGGGAUCCGUUUAGAGAGGCAGAGCGGCUGCGGGCAGAGCUUGCCAAUGCAAGGUCAGAGCUGCAACGUGUCCAGCAGGCCAUUGUCGAAGAGAGUGACCUGCGGCUUCAGCAGGCGAUGCUGCAGUCCAAGGUUCAGGAAGUGGAGCAGCGAGAGGCGGUGAUGCACAGACGUGCCCUGGAGUUUGAGGAGAGGGCAAAGAGAGAUCAUGAAGUUUCAAGUCUGCAGUGCCACAUCUUCGAGGUGGAGAUGAAGCGCUGUCAGGAGGAGUUGCAGCAGAGCCGCUCAAAGAUAGAGGCUUUGGAGAGGGAGCUCAAGCAGGCGCAGAAGUCCAAGCAACGGAAGGCAGAGGGGUGUGCGAAGACAUCGGCUCCUUCCUCGCAGGAGGCUGUGCGAAGACACGAGAUUGCCGUUCGGGCAAGCUUCGAGGAGUGCCGAGAGAAGACUUCGCCAUCCAAACGCUCUUCAAACGAAGACGCCCAGGGUUGGCUAGCUUGCUGUUCCGUGCAAGCAGCUCCAAAGAAGCGGGUUUGA